CCUUCAGAAUUUUCGCAGGGGUAGUUGAAGCUGAGAACUUUCACUUUACGUUAUGGAACGAUUUUUUUUUUUUAACCCUGAUGUCUCCAAUUCCACAUGGUUUGGCGAGAUAUUUAAAUCCGGAGCAUGAAUAAGGAAGAUUCUGUAGGUCAUAUGGGAACGUAUGUGAAGUCUGAUCUAUACUUUGCGCGCUCCUGUUAACAUGUUUUGGACGGUGUUUGUGGACGAACGAUGAUCAGCCUGGCUCACUUUCCCCUUUUCUCCAGGCAAGUUUCAGCAGCCACCACUCCCUCCAGCAGCUCCGAGAAGCCAGGAAAGGAAGCAGCAACACCAAACACGUAGGCUUUCCAACACCAAACCGCAAGGAGAAAGCGCAAAGUUUGGCCAGGAUGAUCAGAAGGAUUAGGGAUAUAUUUAAGGCUGGCUGAAUGGAUUUGUUCUCUCUUUCCUCGCCCGCCUCCCCGCCCUCCCCUCUCCGCGCUCCGCUGCCCCCUCACUCCGCCCAGUCUUCCUGCCCGAGCUGCGCCAGCCGAGAUCUCCGGAGCGCACGGCCGCGGCUAGUCCCGGCGAAGCAGAGGCUCCCGCUCCGCCAAAGCAUUUAGUUCCCCCGCACCGCUUGCGAAUGGAUCUUGAAGUCCAGCGAUGCCUGUGGUGAUCUUAAACUUGGAUUUUGUCGCCUUGAUUGCCGUGGCUGACCCUAGCGGAAACCCAGUCGAGGGGGCGGCCCUUCACCUCUCAGCGACUUGAUAUGCAAAAUAGUUGCGUCAGAUGGUGGGGGCGGGGCUCCCCCGGGUUGAGUGGCAGCCGCUCUCGCCUCGGGAGGAGGCGCGAGAAUCAGCCUGGUUCAGUGACUGAGACAAACUGGAGGGGAGAGGAGCUGCUGCUGUCCACGGAGCUGUCGGUGCUGAACCCGGGAAGCAGUGGACCGUUUGCUCUACUACCUGGAGGCGACGCCCUCUUGCACCCUCUGUGCCCUGUGGGACCCGCUUCACCAGCAGGACCCACAUCAACUUGACAAAGGAGUGUGAUAUCGGACGUGGGAGAGAGUCCUCUGUUUGCCACCCGGGCUCCCAUUCAGGCGUGACUUUGGAGAUUUGUGUAGUUUUGGACUAAACUAUUUUGAUGAUUUUUUUUUUCCCAUCUAAGACGUUCUUUUGAGUGUUUUUUGUUGUUGUUGAUUGUGAUUUAUAUACCCACAUCAUUUGCGGAUCUUUCUGGGGGACUUUUUUCACUGUUAAAAUAAGGUGAAAAGCAAUAAGGAUGCUUAAGUGUUGGCCAACUGUUUUGGUUCUUGGAUUCAUGUUUCUGAAGUCAGAAGGAAGGCCAACUAAAGAAGCAGGAUAUGGCCUUAAAUCCUAUCAGCCCCUAAUAAGAUUGAGACAUAAGCAGGAAAAAAAUCAAGAAAGUUCAAGAAUCAAAGGGUUUCUGAUUCAGGAUGACCCUUUUGGAUCUUGUGAAAAUAAGUACUGUGGUUUGGGGAGGCACUGCGUUAUCAGCAGGGAAACUGGGCAGGCAGAAUGUGCCUGUAUGGAACUUUGCAAACGGCACUACAAACCCGUGUGUGGAUCUGAUGGAGAGUUCUAUGAAAACCACUGCGAGGUGCACCGAGCUGCUUGCCUGAAAAGGCAGAAGAUUACCAUUGUUCACAAUGAAGAGUGCUUCUUUAAAGGAGAUAACUGCAAGACCACUGAAUACAGCAAGAUGAAAAAAAUGCUUUUAAACUUACAAAACCAAAAGUAUAUUAUGCAAGAAAAUGAAAAUCCUAACGGUGAUGACCUAUCUCGGAAGAAGCUGUUGGUGGAUCAAAUGUUUAAAUAUUUUGAUGCGGACAGUAAUGGACUUAUAGAUAUUAAUGAACUAACUCAGGUGAUAAAGCAGGAAGAACUUGACAAGGCUCUUUCUGAUUGUACUCUUUAUGAUCUACUGAAAUAUGAUGAUUUUAAUGCUGACAAGCAUCUGGCUCUUGAAGAAUUUUAUAGAACAUUCCAGGUGAUCCACUUGAGUCUGCCUGAUGACCAGAAGCUUAGCGUCACUGCAGCCACUGUGGGACAAAGUGCUGUUCUGAGCUGUGCCAUUCAGGGAGCUCUGAGACCUCCCAUCGUCUGGAAGAGGAACAAUAUUAUUCUAAAUAAUUUAGACUUGGAAGACAUCAAUGACUUUGGAGACGAUGGGUCCUUGUAUAUUACUAAGGUUACUACAACUCACAUGGGCAAUUACACCUGCUAUGCAGAUGGCUAUGAACAUGUCUACCAGACUCACAUCUUCCAAGUGAAUGUUCCUCCAGUCAUCCGAGUCUAUCCAGAGAGUCAGGCGAGAGAGCCUGGGGUAACUGCAAGCCUCAGGUGCCACGCAGAGGGCAUACCAGACCCUCAGCUUGGCUGGCUGAAGAAUGGAAUCGAUAUUACACCAAAGCUGUCCAAACAACUUACGCUGCAAGCAAAUGGCAGUGAGGUUCACAUAAGCAAUGUGCGCUAUGAAGAUACAGGAGCGUACACUUGUAUCGCAAGGAAUGAAGCAGGAGUGGAUGAAGACAUCUCUUCUCUUUUUGUGGAAGAUUCUGCUAGAAAGACCCUAGCUAACAUAUUGUGGAGAGAAGAAGGUCUGGGAAUUGGGAACAUGUUCUAUGUUUUUUAUGAAGAUGGAAUCAAAGUGAUACAACCUAUAGAAUGUGAAUUUCAGAGGCAUAUUAAGCCCAGUGAAAAGCUCCUUGGAUUUCAGGAUGAAGUCUGUCCCAAAGCUGAGGGAGAUGAAGUUCAGAGGUGUGUGUGGGCAUCUGCUGUUAAUGUCAAAGACAAGUUCAUUUAUGUUGCACAGCCAACCUUGGACAGAGUCCUUAUUGUUGAUGUGCAAUCCCAAAAAGUCAUUCAGGCAGUGAGCACGGACCCUGUCCCAGUUAAAUUACACUAUGACAAAUCACAUGACCAGGUGUGGGUGUUAAGCUGGGGGACGGUGGAGAAGACGUCCCCAACACUGCAGGUAAUAACCCUGGCCAGUGGGAAUGUACCACAUCACACAAUCCACACCCAGCCAGUGGGAAAGCAGUUUGACAGAGUGGAUGAUUUUUUCAUCCCCACCACGACGCUCAUCAUCACGCACAUGAGGUUUGGAUUUAUUCUUCACAAAGAUGAAGCUGCACUGCACAAAAUCGAUCUUGAAACCAUGUCGUACAUCAAGACAAUCAACCUGAUGGACUAUAAGUGCGUGCCUCGCUCGCUGGCCUACACACACCUGGGCGGCUACUACUUCCUCGGCUGCCAGCCUGACAGCACUGGAGCCAUCCCACCACAGCUCGUGGUGGACAGUGUGACAGACUCAGUCAUUGGGUUCAACAGCGAUGUGACCGGCACUCCAUACGUCUCUCCAGACGGCCACUAUCUCGUCAGCAUCAACGACGUGAAAGGCCUCCUGAGGGUUCAGUACAUCACCGUCAGAGGAGAGAUACAGGACACUUUUGACAUUCACACAAACCUGCACCUGUCGGACCUGGCAUUUCAGCCGUCCUUUACCGAAGCGCACCAAUACAACAUCUACGGCAGCUCCAGCACCCAGACUGACGUGCUCUUUGCUGAGCUCUCCUCUGGGAAGGUCAAGAUGAUAAAGAGCCUCAAGGAGCCACUCAAAGCAGAAGAAUGGCCUUGGAGCCAGAAGAACAGGCACAUCCAGGACAGUGGCUUAUUUGGUCAAUACCUGAUGACGCCUUCCAAGGACUCUCUCUUUAUCCUGGAUGGACGGCUCAAUAAGUUAAACUGUGAGAUCACUGAAGUGGAGAAAGGAAAUACAGUCGUUUGGGUUGGAGAUGCCUAGGAACCCUGUUACGUAAUCACUGAAUGCAGAGUUUUACAGUACAUUGCACUUGAUCCAUUGUUUAAAUUUACAGCUUAACUUUCAAAGUUUAUAUUGCUAUAUCCUAGUCACACGUCAUUUUCUUGAUGGCCCAAAUAAAAUAGAUUAUUUUUGACAAACACAUACACAAUUAAUAAUAAUGGGUGAUUAGAAACAUUUAACACAAUAUUUAAUGAUCAGUUGUGUCAAUCACAAGAAUCAAAUCUAUGUGUUGAAACCAAUACAAUUGGAUUUUAAAUUCUUAACAAACAACUAAAUCCAGGGAAUUUCAGAUGACUCAAGCAUUUUUUCAUUUGAAGGAUAAUCUUCUUCCCCUGCCUUUGUCCUUUUUCUGUGCUUAAACUGGAAAUAAAAGGUGUCAUGGAACCUUAAUAUUCUUAAUUCAAAAUAUUCUGUCCUGUCCACUGUUUGUAAUCUUUUGUGCCUUGAAGGGAAUGUCACAGGAGGAAAAGGAGAGCUAAAAGCUGCAUGCUGAACACCCUCAUAACUAUAAAUCUCUUGUCAUUAAAAAAAAGUUUAACAUCUCUUGCACCAAAUCCUGCCCUCAGUCAUUUAUUUAACCUUCAAUGAAAUAUCAUUUGAAAGCCUAAGUUGGCCUUAGGUUGUACCCUGGUGACAAGCUCUAUUUGACAUAUUCUGCAUUACCCACAGCAUGCUGUAGAAAAAUGUAGAGGAAGGCAGGAAAAAUAAGUAUAGUAAAAAUGUUUGCAAUGCACUGUCUAUUCAUACUGUUUUCAAUCACAUGAGUGCAUUAUAUUUUUAAUGCAAGAUUUCUGGGAUGUUCACCGCCUGCAAAUGUUUACUUUAUUAUUAGCAGAAUAGAUUGUUUCUUUUUGAAUAGCUGGUUGUUUCAUCAUCAGGAACUUUCAUUUCUUAAAAGAAAGAAAAGGGGGAAAAAGCAUUACGAUGUCUGCUUAAGGUAAAAUACACAUAGGGAAAUGAACACCCAGGAAAAACAAAAAGUUGGCAAGACAACUGAUGAAAUAGGAAUGGCUUAGAAAAAUUAGUAAUAGAAGUUGAGAAAAGGGAAAGCCCCAUAGUGGUGAGUAUAGAAGUACUUCUCCAUUGGUUUUAGUAUUUAAAUAUAACCCAUCGAAAAACUUCAUUCCUAAGAAUUUUUCUAAAUGACCUCUUUUAUUCAACUCCUACAUAAUACUAAAAUCACCUUCGCACUCACUGUGUGCUAUAGUUUGAAACCUAAGUAAUCCUCUUAUUUGAGACACUGCAGAGAAAUAAAAAUGAUUGCUUCUUUUUUUUUUUUUUUUUUUUAAGGGAAACAGAGAAGGCCAGUAGAAAUAGAUUAAAACUAGAGAGUUGGUUUAUUGAAAUAAGCAGAUAAUUAUCCAGGCUUAAAGUAAUGGCUUACAUGUUCUGAGAAUCUUUUUUCCUUAUUUUUGAUUUUAUCGUUACUAGCAAUGCUGUUGAAAUGACCUCCAUUUACUGAAGGGACUCCAAUAAGGUCUUUUUUAAAUACAAAUUUUACUCAAGUUUAAAUUGUGUAAAACUGCUUAGAAACCUGAAAUUUUAUAGUGUGUAAUAUCUUAUGUGUAUAUAGCAUCCUGAGCUGUGUGAUACAGUAGAUUUCUUCCUACUUUGCUUAAGGAAACAUUAUGUGAGAUUUAAUAAACAGCAAAAAAUCAGCUUAUGUUUCUACUUACUCAAUCAGCUUUACUUUUUGGCAAUUUUCUCUCUUGUGAACAUGAACCACAUAGAAAGUCUGUGAGUCUAUGAUUUCCUGUAAGUCUGUUGCAUACCUCCUACUUUGGUAGUUUUCACCAUGUGGAUGCUCUGUCUGUAGACACUGCUUGAUAAAAGGAGAAUAAACCGCUUACAUUUUAA